AUGUGUCUGGAAACAUCAACGCUACAGAUAUGAAUAAUAUAACAACUGAAUGAAGUCACAAGAAAAAAAAAAGAAAUAAAACUGCUGCCCAUGGAAAAAAACCUCUACUCUUCAGAGCAAAAGAACUCCCCGGAUGUUGAGUAAUUCAAAUAGAGCAUCUUGGUGCCAGGCCACCGGGCAGUUUCCUAUAGGGUUGGGCUCACCAGGAACUGUUCCGUGUGUGGAAUACAUUUUGAGCUUGGGGGAAAUCCUGAAGAUGGCCAAAGACAACUCCACCAUUCGUUGCUUUCAGGGCCUGCUGAUUUUUGGAAAUGUGAUUUUUGGUAUGUGUGGCAUCGCACUGACCGCCGAGUGCAUCUUCUUUGUAUCCGACCAACACAGCCUCUACCCACUGCUUGAAGCCACUGACAAUGAUGACAUCUAUGGGGCAGCCUGGAUCGGCAUGUUCGUUGGCAUCUGCCUCUUCUGCCUGUCCGUGCUAGGCAUCGUGGGCAUCGCAAAGUCUAGCAGGAAACUUCUUCUGGCGUAUUUCAUUCUGAUGUUUAUCGUCUAUGGCUUUGAAGUGGCAUCUUGUAUCACGGCAGCAACACAACGCGACUUUUUCACACCCAACCUCUUCCUGAAGCAGAUGCUGGAGAGGUACCAAAACAACAGCCCUCCAACCAACGAUGACCAGUGGAAAAACAACGGAGUCACCCGAACCUGGGACAGGCUUAUGCUCCAGGACGGUUGCUGUGGUGUGAACGGCCCAUCAGACUGGCAGAAAUACACGUCUGCCUUCCGGACGGAGAAUAACGACGCCGACUAUCCCUGGCCUCGUCAGUGCUGCGUCAUGAACAAGCUGAAAGAACCUCUCAACGUGGAUGCCUGCAAACUGGGCGUGCCUGGUUAUUAUCACAGCCAGGGCUGCUAUGAACUGAUCUCUGGACCAAUGAACCGACACGCCUGGGGGGUUGCCUGGUUUGGAUUUGCCAUUCUCUGCUGGACUUUUUGGGUUCUCCUGGGUACCAUGUUCUACUGGAGCAGGAUUGAAUAUUAAGAAUGCAGUGUCACCCACGGACUCUGGAUUUGGUGCUGGAACUGCUCUCUCCUAAUAUUCCACGCGUGCCCACAGGAACCUGAGUUCUCCCUCGAGCUGCCGAGUCAGUGGGUACGGAGUCCUUUAGGCUCUCUGGCUCCUGGAAUUCUCCCCACUUGCAUUUUCACCCUAGGAUUCUGCAACAUUUUUAUGGACCGUAAGAGAGGGGGGAUUUGGAAAGUAGACAAUAACGUCUCCCAUCCCUGUUUAGUUUUAAUUUGGGGGCGUAAAGGCAUUCACAGGAACCUGUGCUAUCCCAGCCAGCCAAGUCCGUGUUUAGACAGCAAAUCGGCCUGUGUUUCUCACUGCUAACGGACACCUUCAAAGACUUUCAUUCAUCUCAGUGUCGUCCAUGUGGAAGAACUAAGGAAAAGGUGCCGAAAUAUAUCUUUUGCCUUUCUUUCUGUGGAGACCUGGGUGAUUCUUUUAAUGCUACCUUGGGAUCCCUUCACACCCCAGGACAAUGCCCGAUCUUGAGUUAACAAUGGCUGAUACUUCCUCUCAGACAUUGUAGAGCAGCGGCUCUCAACCUGUGGAUCUCGACCCCUUUGGCGGUCGAACGACCCUUUCACAGGGGUCGCCUAAGACCAUCCUGCAUAUCAGAUAUUUACAUUACGAUUCAUAACAGUAGCACCAUUACAGUUAUGAAGUAGCAACGAAAAUAAGUUUAUGGUUGGGUCACAACAUGAGGAACUGUAUUUAAAGGGCCAGAAGGUUGAGAACCACUGUUGUAGAGUGAUGUCUGUUUAGUAGCCUCAACCUCCCAUUAGUUAAAAGUAUGUAGACUUCCUGGGACAAAGUGGAGGCCCGUUAUAUAUAUUUACCAGUCUCAACUGGAAACACCUUUCAAAUAGAGGAGACGCAAGCCAGCUGUUAGCUAGGGGAUUUGUGGUG